AGAUAUUAGGGGCUGAACAGGCAUGGCAUUGACCAGAGAAGAGAUUGGAGGAUGUGGAGGUGAUCGGACCUGCCGAUGACUGGUGCCGGCAGUGUCAAGAUUGGCCUCUGUGGAGGAGGUCCGUGAGAAUUGGUCUGAUGGAGCAAAGGCACUCAGCGCAGCUCGGUACACAAAGACAACAAUGGGACCAGUAUGCAAACAGCAUGGAUUGUACUGGAAAUUUUACACAGGACCAGAGAUCUCCAAUGGGAGAGAAACCCUUCAAGUGCACUGUGUGUGGGAAGGCAUUUUCAAGUUCAUCUUAUCUUAAAAAACACCAGAGAACACACACAGGAGAGAAACCCUUCAAGUGUACUGUAUGUGAGAAGGCAUUUUCAAGUUCAUCUUAUCUUAAAAUACACCAGAGAACACACACAGGAGAGAAACCCUUCAAGUGCACUGUGUGUGAGAAGGCAUUUUCAAGUUCAUUUUAUCUUAAAAAACACCAGAGAACACACACAGGAGAGAAACCCUUUUGGUGCACUGUGUGUGGGAAGUCAUUUUCACGUUCAUUGUAUCUUAAAAUACACCAGAGAACACACACAGGAGAGAAACCCUUCAGGUGUAGUGUGUGUGGGAAGGCAUUUUCAGAUUCAUCUGCUCUUAAAAAACAUCAGAGAACACACACAGGAGAGAAAGCCUUCAAGUGCGCUGUGUGUGGGAAGGCAUUUUCAAGUUCAUCUUAUCUUAAAAAACACCAGAGAACACACACAGGAGAGAAAGCCUUCAAGUGCUCUGUGUGUGGCAAGGCAUUGUCAAGUUCAUUUUAUCUUAAAAUACACCAGAGAACACAUACAGGAGAGAAACCCUUUAAGUGCACUGUGUGUGGGAAGGCAUUUGCACAGUCACCACAGCUUCAUACCCACCAGAAAACACACACAGGAGAGAAAGCCUUCAAGUGCACUGUGUGUGGGAAGGCAUUUUCAAGUUCAUCUUAUUUUAAAAUACACCAGAGAACACACACAGGAGAGAAACCCUUCAAGUGCACUGUGUGUGAGAAGGCAUUUACAUGGUCAUCAGGUUUACAGAUCCACCAGAGAACACACACGGGAGAGAAAGCUUUCAGGUGUAGUGUGUGUGGGAAGGCAUUUUCAAGUUCGUCUUAUCUUAAAAUACACCAGAGAACACACACAGGCGAUGAACCUUUCAAGUGCACUGUGUGUGGGAUGGCAUUUUCACAGUCAUCAAAUCUUAAAAUGCACCAGAGAACGCACACAGGAGAGAAACCCUUUAAGUGCAGUGUGUGUGGGAAGGCAUUUUCAAGUUCAUCUUAUCUUAAAAUACACCAGAGAAUACACACAGGAGAGAAACCCUUCAAGUGCACUAUGUGCGGGAAGGCGUUUGAACAGUCACCACAGCUUCAUAGACACCAGAGAACACACAGGCAUCAGAAGACCCCCAAGGAGUGUAGUCUGAAAUCGAAUUCUGAAAGUCAAAGUGCUGCAAUGAGCCCAUCGCUCCUGAAAAAAGAACCAGAUGUAAAUACCAGCUUGGACACUAUGAAAUGUAUCAAGGUGAAAUUUGAAGAGGCGAAGGUGAAAUGUGAAGAGGUGACAGUGAAGAGCGAAGAAGUGAAGGUCAAAUGUGAAGAUGAACAUUCAACUCCAAAAUCGGACCUUCACAUCAAUGGAGGCAAUGUGAAGCAGGAGGAGAAUUCUGACUGUGAGGCAGAGCGAGGCAACUCCCAGCAGUUUGUGGAAGUGGAGGUGUGGGUGGACUUCUUAAACAAUACAAAGUAAAAUGGAGAACCUGUAGAUGUGUAAGCUUGAGACAAUGAAGCUCCAAUAGAUUCACAUUUGUCACAGGCCUUUAAUGAAAAGAACGUGAAGUUGAACACUCCAUUCCUAUGUUCAACCUGCAGAGUAAGAGCGGUCAGUAUUUGUGGACCUGUGGGUUGGGUAGAUCUCUAACUAGGAGCGAGAGCCAAUAAGCUUCCAAGCAUUCACUAUGUUAUAAUGUAAUGUGAGGUUACACCUGGAUGAUGAUGAUUGGCUCUGCUGGCUUCAACCCGCAACCAAUGGGGAGUCAAGCCAGGGGCGUGGCCCUGGAGCUGUACAGUAGCUUCUGGAAAGUUCCAGGGGUGUGGCUGAGGAUUGGCUGCGGGGCAUCACGUGGGCCAGGGAUUAAAAGGGGCAGAGAAGGACAGCACGUGGUCAGUGUGCGGAGGAACGAAGGGGGAAGCCACGUGGCUGGUGCCGUGGUCCGGAGCCUGCCACGUGGCGGGCCGCGGCAGUCUCUGUCUCUCUGCCUCUCAUGCUGUCAGCCAACAAGUUCAAGUUCAUUUAUUAGGUAUAGCCCUGCGAGCCAUUCGGCUCUUGAAUUGGGUGCAACCUCAACAAACAGAAAACAAAAACAUGUACAAGAAAACAUCUUAAAGUGAAUAUGUGACUAAGUGAAAACAGAAAAUCCAAGAAGAGACAGCAAAAUAUUGCAGAAAAAACACCGUACACCAACGCUGUGUGCAAACAUUCCAGUGGGAUGCAAGUCAAACAAUAACAACCACAAUACAACUUAGAUUAAGGCCAUCAGUCUAACUGUACUACAACAAACAAACAUGUCUAAACCAAUACACUUUUCGAAAUCAAAAUAAAGCCAUGAAAGCAAUGAAACAGUGAUCAUAGGAACUGUGACGGAAUUUUCACAAUAAACAGCAUGUACUACCAAAACCCUGCAGCUAUAGCUGGCUGCAUGAGUCACUCCACAACAGCAGGAGCAUCAAUCGGAGUAUUAUAAUUUUUCAAUGCACCUUUAAUAGCGUGAGAGGGAGCAAGAGAAGUGGAGGAACAAAUGUAGUGAAAGCGGUGAACGAAACUUAAUAAAGAAUUCUCAAUUCCCAGCGUUUCAAUGGGGUUUAUUACAUUGGAGUCGGAAGUACAUUUUUAGACCGCUUGGACCAUCAUCCACGAGGUCCAAGCACCUCAAAAAGAGGAACUCACCGGACCCGCCGUCAGACGACGACGACGAUGCCGAUGAGGACGAGCUUCUGGGCGCAACGGGACCGCUGCCGCCGACUGCUGCUCUCCCCGCCGCCGCGCCAAAAACGACAGGCCGGCGCGGAGGCGACUCCAGCUGCGGACGAAGGGUGGUGACGAGUGGCGGAACAGAUUGAGACUCUCCGUGCGGUGAUGCUCAAUCUCGUCACGGUGGUCGCGUCGUCUGCCCCCCUGGGUCGGCCUCGUGAGACGAGUCCAAGUGCGGACGACCUUGACCUCCAACGGGGGGCUGUAACCGCCAUUACACCUGCUGCGGAGGAGGCCGCCAUCUUGGGCUGGGUUUGCUGCCACGCUGCCUGUGGCCGCCAUCUUGGCGGAGCCGCGUGCUGCGCGGGUGGCGGGAACGAGCACGUCCAAGGACUCUUGAUGGUGGCCGCAGCCAUCGCCUCCUUAAUAUUAAAUAAUU